CAGCCGCAACAGAGCGCCAAUGAGAGCGGCUGCUGAGAGCAAUGUCCCGGCAGAGCAAAAGAUGGAACUACGACGGCAUCGCUCUCCAUCCAGAAGCACAGGAGCCUGAGGCCUCAACACCACCAUCCCAACAACUCCUACCUUUAACGCUGCUGCUUUUACACCAUGAGCACCAACGAUAACUCCCCCCAGCUCCACUCGCCGGCCCUGGCAACAAAGUUGAAGUCGGCUUCUCACUACUACAUCUCCUCCACAAGCAAGAAAUCGAGACAGAAAAAACUCAUUUGCACUUUCAGCACCAACUCCAACGACUCUCUCACAAACACUGUGACUGUUCCUCCCGAACCCACUGCCACUCAGCCCGCCGCCGAUGAUGCAGCAGCAGCUGCCGCUGCUCAUGCCGACAAUAUUCUUUCCCGCAACCUGACCCAAAUUCAUAGCCAUAGCUGCAGCUCUUCUUCAACUUCCAAACGUUCAAACAAAUCUUCUCAUUCUUCUUACUCAGCUCACCCAGCUCAUUCGUCUCAUUUAAUUCACUCUCAUUCUCCCACCUUCCAUCCCCAUGGAUCUACUAAACCAAAGAAUAAAGAUGCCAUCUUAAAUAAAUCUAGUAAAAUCAUCAACAAUGCCAGUAACAAAAUUCAUAACAAUAAUGACGAUUAUAAUGAUGUUGACUAUACUAUCAGUGACUAUGAUAACAACAGCAGCAUAUAUAACGAUCUAGACAGAAUUAUCAGUAAUUUAUCUCUAGAUUCUUCAAACCCAAUUUCAAAUAAUAUUCCAAAUAAUAUUCCAAAUAAGUGUGCAAAUCAUAUUUCCAACCCAGAUUUAAUUAAAAAUUCAAAGCCUGAUUUAAAAACGAACCCAAAACCAGUUUUGAAAUCAAUACUCAAAAAGACUUCUUCCAUACCUGCAAAUAAAUAUGCAAAAAGAGAAAUCCCUCCAAAAGAUACUCCUGUCAAAAAGGUUCGUUUCAAAUCAAUCGCUAACAUUCAGUAUCCGGAUUGUCAAAAAUCUAAAAGCAAAUACAAUUAUAAAUCAAACUGUUCAAACUGUUCAAAUAAUUUAAACAAUUUAAACAACUUUUCUUUUUCUUUCUCAAAUUUAUCCUCCCAUAACGACAAUCCAACAAUAAUAAAUCCCACUGACGAUCAAAAUAUAUCAACUGCUCUCAUCUCCGAUGCUUGGGAAGAUUACCAAGAGAUCGAAAUCAAUGAGGAUUCUAUAGAUAACCUUGUUGAUGAAAUUGAAUCUUACCAUCACAUAAAUCUGUUAAAUUAUACUCAAAACGAUACCCUGCCUCUUACAAAUGACAAUCUCAUCAACCCCAACAUUGAAAAAAAAUCUUUAAUUCUUCCUAAAAUUAAUGGAAAUCUCUCUUAUCACAUUGAUAACAAUCAAACCGAUAAUCUUGAUAUCAAUGAUAUCAACCGUAUUAAUAGUAUCAAUGAAAAUAAUGAUAGCGAUUCUACCGACACCUAUCAGGUCCCAAUUAUUCACUCCUCUUACCUGACAGAUAAAUUUAAAACGCAUUUUCCUAGAAACAAACUUUCUUCCAAUUCAGAUGACGAUCAAGCUAGUAAUACUGUUACUUUUAAUGAACUUUUUAAUCCCAACUUUAACGAUAACCUCAAUCAGAAUUUUAAUGAUAGCUCUAAUGAAAAUUUUAAUGAAAAACUUAAUGAAAAUCAUAACAAGAAUCUUAACGACAUUUAUGAUGAAAAUUAUUCUUCUUCCUCUUCCUCUUCCUCUUCCUCUUCCUCUUCUUCCUCUCUUUCUUCAUUUCAAUCUAAAACAACAAAAACUUCAAAAUAUAAAUACAAAUAUAAAUAACAUAAAUUUAUUACCUUUUAACUUUCUUUCUCUUCAAA